AUGGGGAACUUACUUAAUGAUUCUGAAGAACACUGGGAUUGCUUGGAAAAACAGAAGGAGAAACGAGCAACAAAAGAACAAAAACAAAUGAAGACUGAUGAUGUUGUUCAAAAAGAAGAGAUUGUUCAAAAUGAAGAAGUUAAAAGUGUUUCUAAGGAGAUUGUUGAAACAAAACAGAAAUGUGAAAGUAUGGAUCAAGAAGAAGAUUCUGAUUUUAAUGAUAUUCUUAAUCAGCAAUAUAAGUUGUACUCAUCCCUAUCACAAACCCUUUCUGAUGUUCGAAUGGUCCAGUCACUCAUACCAAUUUGGGAGGAAUUUGAGAGAACUGGAAUGCAUACGGAAACCAUAUCGUCUGAUCCCGAAAAACCGAGCCCGCAGAAUGGUUUGAGUGCAUUAUCGAAUAAAAUAGAGUUUGAAAACAAGCUAUCGGAAUUGUGUGAUGCAGGAAAUUCCUUACCUUGUACUCCUAUCAAUAAUGAUAAAAUGUUAUCACAAUCUGUAAGAUCUUCAAGUGAUGGCAAAGACGUGAUUGAAAGUAGCAAACAUGUACAGUCAUCAAACAAAAUGGAUAUUGUGUCAUCACAGUGCCGCUAUAGCGUAGAAGAUCUUCAAGUUUCAUCAUCAUCACUUCCGUCGAUCUUCCGUCGAUCACCAUUAAUCUCCAACGACCUGCAACUCAUGACGGAAGAUCGACGGAACCAUUAA